AUGGCUCUCCUACUUAUCGCCACGGCCUUGCUUGGGUGUGCAGGCGCAGAGUUCAGUCCUUUGCAACAUCUUGGAGGCAAUAGCCCUUGGUUCGAAGGACCGAACGUCUUUGGCAUUGAUCCAAGUCCACCGGGAGGAUGUGUGGUUGAUCAAGCUGCCUUCACGUCUCGUCAUGGUUCGAGAUAUCCUGAUCCAGGGGCGUACUAUGAGUGGACCAACUUGAGCGCGAAGGCAAGCCAAGCACUUUUGAAAAAGAAGCUCGACUUCCUAAAAUCAUGGAAGCCAGUCCUCAGCCACCCAGAACUCCAAAUCUCCCAGCUCUCUCUGGGUGGCUACGCAGAACUCUACGAAAUGGGCGUCAACUACCGCUGGGCCUACCCAGACUUCUACACGGAAAACACCCCCUUCGCCCUCUGGGCCAACAAAUACAGCACCACCGUCUUCCGCGUCGUCGACUCCGCCCGCCUCUUCGCGCGAGGCUACCUCGGCCCCAACGCCACCACCGCAGGAGAAAUCUACUCAAUCGAAAGCAAAGACCCGCGCUCCAUCGCCAACUCCCUCGCCCCCUCAGACCUCUGCCCCAACUACGAAGACAACGGCGGCGGCGCCAGCGGCACCACCUGGGCGGAGAUAUACCUCCCACCCAUCGUCAACCGCAUCAACACCCUCCUCCACGGCCUGCAUUUCAACUCCUCAGACGUCAACAUCUUCCCCUACCUCUGCGGUUUCGAGACCCAAAUCGCCGGCAAGCGCAGCCCGUGGUGUGACGUCUUCACUGAUGACGAGAUUCUGCAAUACGAGUACGCCCAGGAUCUCCGCUACUGGUACGGCACAGGCCUCGGCACGGAUCUGGAGAAGAAUAUGAUGCUGCCGUUCCUCACGGCGCUCGUGCAGCGCUUCGUCGAUGGGCCGAAUGCCACGUAUCCAUCAAAUACGUCGUCGUCGUCUUUCCACCCGAACCCUUUGAUAGCGACCUUCACCAAUGACGGCCAAGUCAACCAGCUCGCUGCCGCGCUUGGCGUUUUCGACAAUGAAGCGCAACUUCCUGCCACACAUAUCCCUCACAACCGCCUCUUUCGCGCCAGUAGAAUCAGUCCCAUGCGCGGCACGAUCGGUUUCGAGCGCUUGAACUGCGGUCGGAAGGGACUUUUCAUGCGUAUUAAGCUGAAUAAUGCCGUCUAUCCCGUUGCGAACUACCAGGAUGGACCGGGACGAAGCUGUGGAUUGGAGAAGUAUAAGGGUCUGGUGGCGGAGAAGAUGAAGCGGUUCGGGGACUUUGAAGUAGCUUGUGGAGUUGCGAACUCAAGUGUCGUGCCACCUGGGACGGAGAGGACGUUCUUGACGGACGUGGGGCUGCCGUUCGAGGAGGUUCGUGCGCCGUAG